AUGAGUCCUUUGAACAACAACACACAGAAGUCAUCUAGUCGAGGCCGGGAUAGUUCUGGAAAAGACUUUUCAACGGCAAACCCUAUAUAUGUACCCUCGUGGCAAGGAAGAGAUUUAGGACAAGUGAGGCUGUGUGAAGAGUUGGUGAAUCAGGGCAACAUGAGACACAUGAUGAAUGAGUUUCAGGGAUACAGGGACAAUAUACGAUACAUUGCAGCACAAGGACCUUCAUUUAAAUCAGUUAACGACUUCUGGAGGCUGAUAUGGCAGCGGAACGCCACCAAGAUUGUGCUGCUUACAGAACUUGCAGAAAACGGGAAGAUCAAGUGUGCGAGGUACUGGCCAGUGUUUGGCUCCACAUUUCGGGCGUAUGGCACGGUCUGUGUGCAGUGUGUGGAUGAGGCGGUGUUCCCAUCUUACACUGUCAGGAACUUCGCUGUGUGGCAGGGGCACUCCGACACAAGGCAGGUUCUCCAGUUUCAUUUCACCGCUUGGGCUGACCACGAUGUUCCGAGAGAUACAUCGUUACUACUGGAGUUCCACAGGAUUGUGAAGGACACAGGGCCAAACUCUAACGGACCUUUAGUCGUACAAAGCAGCGCUGGCGCUGGGCGUUGUGGAACAUUCCUGGCGUUUGAUUAUCUGCUGGAUCAAGCUAGGUACGAAGGUCGAGCUUGUGUCUACAGCUGCGUACAAACUUUCCGUGCUCAAAGGAUGAUGAUGGUUGAAACAGAAGAGCAGUAUUCCUUCAUCCACAACAUACUGAUUAGCGCCUUACAAACCCAGGGAACCCUUCCUAGUUACUACGAUCCUGUACUUGUGCAGUGUGAAAAAUGCUGGCGACUUGAGAAUGAGAAACAGGGCUCGGAUGACAUUGAUCAAGAUCAAGACACUGAUUCUGACUAUGAGCCAGUGGCGUACGGUGACUUUGAAGACGUCAGGGCGUCUAUGGUGCAACCCAGCGUCGUGGUUACGAGUGUGUGACUGAGUUUACAGAUCUGUGUUGAUGUUACGUCUUUCUAUUUCAUCAUCCUGGAGAAAUAAGACAAUUUGCCACUUUAAACACAAGUUAUGGUCAUACUAUUAUUGCCCCCCGUGGCCAUUCAUUUUAAAUAAAAAUAAUAUCAUUCAUUGUACCGCGUGCACCGUGUUGAGAACAUUACCUGUGCACCGCGUCACCAUUACCUGUGCAGAUUAGUGUCCCUCAGCCUCGACAUGAUUCGACAGUCGUACAAGCAGGUACAUAUGAAUGCUGAUAGCUGACAUGUCUCAAUUCCAAAUAAUCCUCCGAAUACUAAAGUAUACAUAUAAAUCCAAAAUGUUAAAAUGAUGAUCAUAUAUUUUUCACAGUAACCGCAUCGUCAGCGGACUGACAGAUUAAGACUUCCUGCUUUCCGUCUUAAGAAAAUGGUUACUGUAGAAUUAAAAUCAUUUCACUUCUGUGUAUGGUGGCUUCGGGAACCUUAGUUAUUCGUGGAUUCUAUUCCGACUAUGGUCCAUGUAUAUGUCAGUCCCAUGACCACAAAGCUGGUAAAGGUGUAUUCAGUUGGGAACUGCAUGACAGCAUGUUUUCCUCCUAAAACAAUUUCACCGAUUCACCCAUGUCUUUGUAGCAUGGCCACCCUUAAUGGAAGAAAAACAGUGCAGUUCCUUCUUCACAAUGACACGCCAUGAAGGCGUAUUUCGUCUUUCUGUAAAUUUGUUGAAGGUCAUUUGCAUUACAAUAAUGAUGGAAUAUAUCAAUAAAACAUGUACCAAAUAA